AGUGUUAACAGAUCUGACGAAUUAUCAACGAGACUCAAAAGAAAAUGUCGAUCACACUUCUGACUGUGUUUCUGGCGGAAGCAAUAAUCUGCACAGUUUCAGGUGAACAGCUUGACAGAAAAGUGGGAGGUGAGCUCCUGUUGACGCCGGACAAGUCCACAGUGCCUGACUCCAUCACAGGCAUCCUAUGGAAGCAUGGGAAUAACAAGGUGGCAGAGUGGGACAAGGAUUUUGAUCUGGACAUCUAUGCUGCCUUCAAAGAGCGCACAACCCUGGACCAGACUACUGGAGAGCUGAGAAUCAGUGGAUUGAUGAAAACAGACAGUGGAGUUUAUUCUGUGGAGUUCAACAGCAAACUGCUUGACAAGACAUAUUCACUGUCUGUUAUCAAGGCAGUCCCCAAACCCACAAUCACUUCUUCCUGUAAUGCCAACAAAACCAUCUGCACUCUGACCUGUGAGGGGGACACCACUGAUGCUGAACCUGUCACCUACAGCUGGAAAGUGGGAGAGGGGGCGUGGGAGGUCUUAGACAAACAGCUGAAUGUCUCUAAGAGUGAAACUGGCAAAUCAACCAACAGUUACAACUACACCUGCGAGCUGAAAAACUCUGUUAGUGGGGAAGUCAGCGAGCCAGUUGGAGAGGUGUUUGGCUCAGAUGGCAGGUUGACCAAUGCCAAGUUGUUUGGUAUUUCUGUCUUUGUUCUUUCUAGCAUGGCCAUCUACAGUAAACUACAGAGUUGUUUUUCGCUGCACUCUUUCAAUUACUCACAGAUGCCCCCUUCUGGAUGUACAGCCAAAAGCACUAUGGACACCGUUGUGGCCAGUUUGUGCUGUUUGAAUAUGUCUAGUUGUGUGCGUGUUUGUGUGUGUACCCACAAUGCCUGCAUGUGAGUUCAAGUCUCUACCCUUGAAUGACACUCACCUUGAGGUUCCAUUUCCUGCUCUAAAAAAAUGGUGAUAACCUCAAUUAAAAUAAUGUUUGUCUGCCAUUGUUAUUACCCUGACUGAAAUCGAUGAAUAAACUACAAAUGUCUUGAUCUUCUGAAACUUUGGUUUCAAAUGAUUAAAAAUGGUGAUACCCUCAAUUAAAAUAAUGUUUGUCUGCCAUUGUUAUCACCCUGACUGAAAUCGAUGAAUAAACUACAAAUGUCUUGAUCUUCUGAAACUUUGGUUUCAAAUGAUUAAAAAUGGUGAUACCCUCAAUUAAAAUAAUGUUUGUCUGCC